ACUUUGUAAUACUAUGAUUUCCGAGGAAAUAACCAMAAGCAUAUUAACAAUUUGAUUCUAAACAGGAAUAAAUUACGUCUUUUAACAAUGGCCUGAACCUGACUAAUAAUUACACUUGGGAAAUAAAAUGAAUUGAUCUUUCUAAAAAAACGCAAAAUAUUUCGGUAUCUCUCAUAGGAAUACAUUCCUGAACAAAUAAAACAUAAAUGCAGGAAUGACUUUUUGCAAUGCACCAGAGGUUGAUUAGAAAUGGCAGGUCGAUUUAGUUUCGUUCAAGACGCUGAGGUAGAGAAUGUCAGAGAAACCACUGUUCCCGAAAACACCAAAAAACAUACCGCAUGGAGUGGUAAUGUUUACAAGGAAUGGGCAGAAGCCAGAGAAAGAGAAUUUAAGGACUUUGAGCCUGAGAACAAAGAGUUUGUAUCGAUACCAGCAAUAAGCGAAAUAAACAUCCCACAAAUUAAUUACUGGCUUUCAAAAUUUGCCCUCGAAGUAAGAAAGAAAGAUGGCACAGAGUACCGCCACGAAGUAUUAUACACGCUAUUCUGUGGCUUAAAUCGUAUUAUUAGAGAGAAGAUCCCAGACCUGAACUUGUUUCACUCUUCCGAUCUGAAACCGUUCCAAAAAACAUUGGAUGGUCGGCUAAAGGAGCUCCAGUCCAAGCAGCAACCCUUUCAGAAACAAGCAAGUGCUAUAUCAGCGAACGACGAAGAGGAGAUGUGGAAUAAAGGAGUAAUGGGGACACAUUCUCCAGACGCUAUAAUAAACGCUUUGAUGUUUCUAACGGGAAAGCUCUUCGUAUUGAGAGGGGGACGAGAGCAAAGAGAUCUUCAGCAUGAUCAGUUUAUUUUUGAAGGGCAGUCGGAUGGAUCGAUGAUCGUUGUCUUUAAAGAGAAGGUAUCCAAAACAAAUCAAGGCGGACUAAAAAGGCGUAAAGUAGUAAGGAAGGAAGUUCGACACCUAGAGGAUCCAUAUAACGAUAGGUCAUUCACCUUCAUAUAUAAUUUCUACGUGUCCAAAUGCCCAGAGAAUAUUCCAGUGACUGCUUUUUACUUAAGACCUAAAACAAAGUGGAGCUAUAGUCAAGAAGUGUGGUUCGACAAAAGUCCCAUGGGGCACAAUACAAUCAGUAAACGUUUCAAGAAGAUGUGUAAUGACGCAGGAUUAGAAGGGAAUUUCUCGAAUCAUUCUGGGCGUGCAACUGGUAUUACCAGAAUGUACCAAGCUGGGUUAUCAGAGAAACUUAUAAUGCAGAGAAGUGGCCACCGUUCCAUCGAAGGUGUGAGAACCUAUCAACGUCAAGAUCCAACAGAUAUCAGUAAAGUAUCUCAUUCACUAACAUCACCGGCAACAAUGAGUACAAACGAAAGCAGCUCCUCACAGAAAAUUGAGAGAUCAACGAACCAAGAUCCAACUGAAGAUGAUAUGGUGCUCGUGAAAGCGUGUGAAGAAAUUGAGGAGAGUGGAGCAACAGGAAUUUCCUUUGGUGGUAUUAACAUGAAAGGGGCGAACUUGACCAAUGUGAAUAUCAACAUUACCUUUAAAAAGUAAAAUUUGCAAAGAAAUUGUCUGAAAGUAAUUAAUGACAAAGUAAAUUAAUAAUCAGAAUGAUAAACGAUUCAAGGAAUACAAUAAAAAUUGUUUUCUGUUGAUAUUGCCAAUUUGCAAUGCGCAUGCGCAAAGAUUGACAUCCACUUACUUUGAAAAAUGAACUUAAAGCUUUAAAAAUGAUAUUAAUGUAAUAAGUUAAAAUCUAUUAGUCAGUGGUUAGGCAUGCGCAAAGAGUAUGACUGAGUGUUUAUACGUUCUGAAAGUCUCCCACAUUUGAGAGAUAAUAGAGAAGAUCGAGGUACAAGUUCAUUGCGAGAGCAUUCGAUUUUCAAAGGGUUUAGUCAACUAAACCCGAGUCCCAGUGAUUGAGAUAUGAGGGACUAGCUCAUGAAUAACAUGAGGGCAAAUAAGUUUUUAAAUUGCCCUCAUUAAUUAUUGAUGAGGGAAAUUUACUUUCUAAAUUGCCCUCAUAAAUAAUUAAUGAGGGAAAUUUAGAAACUAAACUGCCCUCAUGUUAUUCAUGAGUGAGGGA